AUGCAAGACCUACAGAACAUGGAAGAGCUUAAUCUUCCCUCCAACAUAAAGUUGAUCAUGUCAAAACUUCCCUACAACCUAAGGGAAAAAUGGAGGUCUACGGCAUGUGAUAUUUUAGAGAGAAGCCACCUGAAGGCCCAGUUCAGUGACCUUGUGACGUUCAUGGAAAAACAGGCCAAAAUACUGCAGGAUCCGUUGUACGGAGAUAUCCAAGAUCCCCUGUCCAACAAAAGGUUUUUUAAAACUAAAACAGAAGCUGACUUUAAACAGCAGUUCAAGUCCAAGAGUAGGGGAAGCAGCUUUGCCACUGCAGUAGAUGUAGUGGCAGAUUGUGACUCGGAAAAACCCCUAAAAGAACAAACAUUCAAAAUCAAGAAACCAGGCGCCUACCCUUCUGAUGCUCCCAGUAUCUCAUGUGUAUUUUGCGCUGGUGAGCAUUUCCUGGUCGACUGCCAACAGGUGAAGGCACAGCCACACGAAGCCAAGGUUGAGGACCGCAUCGACCCGUUCCAAUUCAAGUUCCAGUUCAAGAACGUGGAGUACUCGUCAGGUCGGAACAAGACGUUCCUGUGUUACCUGGUGGACAAGGGCAAAGCUGAUGAUGGUCUGAUGAGAGGUUACCUGGAGGAUGAACACUUGGGAGCCCACGCUGAGCAGGCCUUCUUCCUCCAGACUCUCCAAGACUACGACCCUGCUGUCAAAUACACUGUCACCUGGUACAUGUCAUCCAGCCCCUGUGCGGCCUGCGCGGCUAAGAUCGCAGAGGUCCUCCGGGCAAGGAAGACCGUCAAGAUGACCCUAUUUUCAGCCCGGCUGUUUGAGUGGGAGGAGCAAGAGAUCCAAGCGGGGCUAAAUGCUCUGUCUCAAGCGGGCUGCAAGCUGAGGAUGAUGAAGCCCAUGGACUUCACCUAUGUCUGGGACACUUUUGUAGAGAACAACGACCUAACGUUCACCCCCUGGGAGGACUGCCAGGACAACUAUGAGUACUACCAUGAGAAACUGGCCGAAAUCAUGCAGUGAUCACAAAUUCACCCAUCACCUGCCACCUCCACUAUCCCAGCAUCCUCAGUGAUGUGAGCAGUUUGGGUGCUUGUGCGUCAAGCCAUCCUGCGCUACACCCCUCUAUGAAGCCAGCUACAGACCUCCCCUCCAUAUGGAACUCUCUGUCGCAGCUUCCAUUUUCCGUUCUGGAGUUGUUCUCACAGGACGCGUGUUUGCUGGUUCAUCUGUGGAUUAAUUGUCAAUGUCAAGAAGAAGGCUUUGCAAUGAUGCACUCCUGGGUUAUAAUUCAAGUAUAAAUUAUAUAUUAUUUUUUAUUACAAUUGAAGUUAUAAUAAUUUGUUCUUCUCCUUCUGUGUCCUCGAAGUAUGUUUCCUACUGUCUCUACACAAAUAUAAUUUUUCAUAUCUGCA